CGUCCUAGCUGCUCUACUCGUGCACGCGGCAAGCCGGAGGGCGGUGAGCCGGAGGGCGGCGAGCCAGUCUGCGCAUGAGCCCGUGGACGACGCCUUCCUGCCCCGGCUGCCGGCCGACAUGGCCAAGCUGGUCAAGGUGGCCGUCCGCUGCACCCGGGCCGCCCUCAACGUCCGCCUCGAGUUCGACCACCCGUUCCGGGGCCUCGUCUACUCGAAGGGCCACUUCGGCGAUCCAGAGUGCCGCCACGUUCACGGGGACAGCACUCCGGGAGCGGCCGAGUCGAGGCGAACGUUCGAGUUCGCGGUUCGGGCGGACCGCUGCGGGUCGACCAAGGUGGAGCGGAAGCCCAGGGAAGGAGAUUCCUACCUCGAGAACACCAUCGUGGUGCAGAGCGAACUGGGCAUUCAGGACUGGUCUGACUCGGCGCGGCGCCUCCGCUGUUCGUGGGACAGCAACACGGAGCGCACGGUGAGCUCGUCCAUCAGCGUGGACCAGCUGGACGUGAUAGCGGCCCGGUACGCGGGCUCCUCGGCCGCCGACUCCUACAUGGACGUCCAGCACGGCCGCGGACCCUUCUCGGCGCCGGUCACGGGCCUCGUGAAGAUCGGCGAGACGCUCACGCUGGUCGUGUACGCGCUCGGCUCCGACGUGCACGUCAAGGACUGUCUGGCUCACGACGGUGACCUGGGCCACACCGUGCAGCUAACCGACGCCCACGGCUGCGUGGCCAAGCCCAAGCUGCUGGGGCCCUGGCAGAAAACGACCAAGACCGGCGCCACGGGGGCCAGCACCAUCGCGUUCGCCUACCUGAAGGCCUUCAAAUUCCCGGACAAGGUGGAAGUCUACCUGGAGUGCAACAUCGAGAUGUGCAAGCGUCAGUGCUCCGAGCUGUGCAGCGGCGCCAGGCGGAGCAAGCGGCAGGGCCUCAACGAGUCGUCGGGGCUGGCGGAGCCCGCGAGGGUGACCCGGGGCAUUCGGGUGGUGGCCCCCGACGACGCCCCGGAGCACGACGACUGGCGCUCGGGUCGGCUGGCCACGGGCGACGUGUGCAUGUCGCUGCCGGGCUUCGUCACUUCCCUGUCGGCCAUCCUGGCGCUCUUGCUGGGCUCCUGUCUGGCGUCCGUCUCCUUGUUAGUCAGGGUCCGCCAGCUGGCUGCUUUGCCCACUUCUCCGGCCGCGACCAAGAGCCUGAUGGACAGCGACACUGGGCGCAAAUGCCGCCAUCUUUGAAGGGCUAGAGCACAUUCCUCCGCGCUGAGAGACGCAACAUCAUGCUUUGCUCCCCACCCUGCCACCUUUGCAAGCGGCCUCGCGAAUAACGCAGCCCGACACAGAAAUCCGCAAGUUGCAGGUAUAUGGUGUCGCUGCCCACACACCGAAGGAGGCUCCCGAACACCAGCAAUCGACGCGGCGCUAGAACGAUAGACGGAGUUCAAACACCACCGCGGCAAUCAAGACACAGCCUGCAACCUCUCGACUCCGCCGCACCACAGUGCGCUGCACGAUCAGAGGAGUGCAACUUCCUAUUCCGCCCGUGGAACGUGAAUUGGUAAACCCUGGGAGUCCGCAGCGCCAUUUGAAUCUCCUGGUAUCCGGAGGGGCUGUACGAAAAUCAACAUGGCGGCACAGCGAAACCAAAACCGCACGACAGCGCCAUUGUGCUUGGACGAAUGAGUGGUAGCUUACGCCACCUAGAGUGAAAAAAAAAA